AUGCCUCAAGUUCAGUUGAAGGGAGAAGAGGGAAAGCCGGUUUACGUGGAUACCGGCCGGUUCAUCGGAAAUGAAUUCGUCUCAGCAACAGGAGCAUCUCUCAUGAAGAUUGAGAACCCUUCUAACGGUCCGUCCAACUCAGCAGCCCAGAAGGAAGGCGUCAAUUCCGCUGUGAUAUUGGCCCAGAAGACAUUCAAAAGGUCAUGGAAAUCGACUUCUCCAACUCAGAGAGGUCAACUUCUAUACAAGCUGGCCGACUUGAUCGAGAGAGAUGCAGAUGACCUCGCUUUAAUUAAGGCGUUGGACGCUGGAGUGCUACUCGGGGAAUCCAAAGGACUCCAUAUUAUUCAACCUCUCGAGACCCUUUGA